AUGAUCCUCCCCCUCACGCUUGCCCUGGGCGCGGGCGCCGCCUCGGUUCUCGCCCAGUAUGAUGCUGCGCCUGAGAUUCGCGAGGCUUACGGCGACGGCAUGAGCCAGCAGUUCGAGGCCGCCAUUGCUGCCGACGAGGCCGAGGGCGAUGUCGUGCCCGACACCAGCGUCGUCCAUCUCUUUGGCAACGAUGAUGACGUUUACCAGCCGUACAAGGUCGACUGCCCGACCGGCACGACGUUCCUGCGUUCUGCGCAGUCCGGUAUCUCGGAGCAGGAGAAGCAAUUCAUCCAGAAGCGCAGCCAGCGCAUCAACGACGCUGUCAAGUCCAUGACGCAGGCGAACGGCCUCCAGAACCCUCCUCGCCAGCCGGUCAUUGGUGUUGCCCUCUCCGGCGGUGGUUACCGUGCCAUGAUCAACGGUCUCGGUAUGAUGUCUGGCCUGAUGGGCGACAUCGAGGAGGCGAAGAAGGCCGGAACCGGCGGCUGGAUGGACGCUAUCUCGUACAUGGCCGGUUUGUCCGGGGGUUCGUGGGCGACCACGACCUACAUUGCCAACGGCGGUGAGAAGCCGAUGGACCUCGCCAAGAAUGUCUGGAACCUUCAGAGCAACCUCAUCUUCCCGGCCGACGACAAGGUGUCGUUCUACUCCGACCUGCUGUCCGAGGUCAAGGCCAAGGGCAAGAACUUCCCGACCCAGAUCACCGACUACUGGGGCCUCGCGCUCGGCAACCACAUGCUCCCCGACCAGUACCACCUGAACAACAACCCGAACCUGACCUGGGCCCAGAUGUACCAGAACUCGAGCAAGCUCCAGAAUGGCGAGCUUCCGUUCCCGAUCAUCAUCUCCGCCGAGCGUGAGAACGGCACCACAGCCGUCAUGGAGAACGCGACCAUUUGGGAGUUCAACCCCUUCGAGUUUGGCUCGUGGGCCAUCGGCGAGGCGACCAACAAGUCGUGGGGCUUCUUCACUCCCAUCGAGUACCUGGGCUCCAACCUGACCGAUGGCAAGCCCAACGAGUGCUGGAAGGGCUUUGACCAGAUGUCCUUUGUCGCGGGCACCUCGGCCACUCUCUUCAACCAGGGCAUCAUCCGCCUGAACAACCUGGAUGACGGCAAGAAUUCUAGUACGAUUGUUAACGGCAUCCGGUCGAUCCUCGACUCGGUCUCCAAGGACCAGAACGACAUUUCGCAGGUCCCCAACCCGGGCCACGGUUACAAUGGUGACGGCAACCCGCUCGCGGACCUCGAGUACCUCACUCUGAUGGACGCUGGUGAGACCAACCAGAACAUCCCCAUGGACCCUCUCCUCCUCCGCGGCGCCGACGCAAUCCUCGCGUUCGACAACUCGGCCGACACCGACCUCUCGUGGCCCAACGGCUCUGCGCUCUGGACAACCUACCAGCGUUCGCUCGAGUUUGAGAAGUUCAACAACGUCCCGCUCCCCAUGCCCAAGGUGCCGACGACGAACGGUUUCGUGAAUGAGGGCCUGAACUCGCGCCCGACCUUCUUCGGCUGCGACGAGCCCAACAACACGCUUGUCAUCUACAUCCCCAACUACCCGUGGUCGUACCAGUCCAACUCGUCGACGUUCAAGCUCGAGUACGCCGAAGAUGAGGUCCAGCCCCAGCUCGACAGCACGAUGCGCGCCAUGACGCUCAACGGCACCGUCACCAACUGGCCCAAGUGCCUUGCGUGUGCGCUGACGGACCGCGCGUUCAACUACAACAAGAACAACCGCACCCAGGAGUGCCAGCAGUGCUUCGACACGUGGUGUUGGAACGGCCAGGCCAACGACAACCCCCCGCAGGGCAACUACACCGCCCUCGCCGGUGUCACGCCCCCUUGGAUCCGCAGCAACAACCUGUCCACCGACCCCAAGACCGAGGACCAGGCUAUCACCACCGACGCCGGUGCCGCCGGCGCCCUCGGCCCCUCGGCGUACGUCCUUGUCGGCGCUGCUCUUACCGCUAUCUCGGCCCUGAUCUAA